CUUCAAUCUUUUCCCAUGGUGCUUGUCCUAGAGGUGGGUUACAGCCACCGAUGAACCGAGAUAGAGAGAAAGCAAAGAGCGAUAAGGAUAGCAGCUUAUCUCUUCCCCGCGCUUAGUAAUCCUCUCCAGAUGUUCUGGCUGUCAGAAGGGAAUUGAUAAGAAAAGCGCAAGACAGUGACAAGAUGGCGCAAUCUAAGCCCCUCAUCUUGUCUCUUGCGUUGACCGUCGGCAUCUUCUGAAUUCAUUCAACCUCUUUCAAAUUGAUACUCAUCAUGGGAAACGCACCUCUUGCCCAGGACCGGAUCCUCAUCGCCAACGCCAGCGAGUUCUCGCCCGCGCUUCUCCAAGAGAUCCAGGCCAAAUUCGCCCAUGCAGAUAUCACCUACAUCAAACUGGAGAACUUUGCGCCUAUUCCCCGUGAAUACGCAAGACGAGCCACGCACAUCGUGACCCUCAGCAACCUCCCCAGCAUCGAAGACGCUGCCCAUGUCAAGCUCAUCCACUUCUUCUCCGCAGGUCUCGAUCACAUCGUCUCGCACCCCAUCGUCCAAGCAACCCAGAUACCGCUCACCUCCAGCUCGGGGAUCCACGGCCCGCCGAUCGCCGAAUGGGUUAUCAUGAACUGGCUGGUCGCCUCGCGGCGCUACGUCUCGAUCUACAAGAGCCAGGAGCAGCACGUCUGGGCCAAGAACCAUGAAUGGAUGACAGGGGUGCACGACCAGGUGGGCCGCAAAGUCGGGAUACUAGGCUACGGCAGCAUCGGGCGGCAAAUCGCCCGCGUCGCCUCCGCCCUAGGCAUGCAAGUGCACGCCUACACAGCCUCGCCACGGCCAACGCCCGCCUCGCGCGUCGAUCGCGGGUACAUCGUGCCCGGCACAGGCGACAGGGACGGCACGAUCCCGGCCUCCUGGCACCACGGGACGGAUCGCGCCUCCAUUCACGCGUUCCUAGCGCUGGGGCUGGACCACCUCGUCGUCGCGCUGCCGCUGACCCCGCAGACGACGCACCUGCUCGGCGCGGACGAGUUCCGGCUGCUGGCGGACCAUGCGAGCGGAGAUCGUAAGCCGUAUCUGACGAACAUCGCGCGCGGCAAGAUCGUCGACCAGACGGCGUUGGUCGCGGCGCUGCACAGCGGGGUUGUCGGCGGCGCCGCGCUGGACGUCACAGACCCUGAGCCUUUACCGGCGGAUGACCCGCUGUGGGAUGCGCCCAACGUGCAGAUCAGCCCGCAUAUCAGCGGCGCCGGGCUGGAGUAUAUCCCGCGGUCGUUGGAUAUUCUGAAGGAGAAUCUGGGGCGGUUGGCGCGGGGGGAGGAGAUACUGAAUGAGUACAAACGGGGGAAGGGGUAUUAA